UUUAUAUCCUUAUUUUUCUUUUUUAUAAUCACAUUUUCUCUAGGCCUCCAGAAACAUGGUAAGGCGAUCAACAGCAAUUAUAGGAAAGAAUCAGAUGCUAUGGGAUCUGGGCCUAGGUUGGAGAGAAAUGGAAAACAUCACUUUAGUACAAAACAAGAUAAAAGAUCUUGAUUCUCAGUUUCAUUUUGUAUUGUUUGCUGAACAUUUUGAUGAGUCUCUAGUAAUGCUUGCCAAAAUUCUUUGUUGGGAUUUAGAAAACAUGAGGUACUUGAAGCAAAAUAUGAGAAAAGCAGAAAAUGUUUCUGUAAUAAGUUCAGGAGCCAGAGAAACACUGAGAAACUGGCUGCAUGCAGACUAUAUGCUUUAUGAUCACUUCCUGAAGAAGUUUAAGAGGGACAGAGAAAGGUAUGGUUUGGAAAAGCUAGACGCAGAUGUGCACAGAUUGGAGGUGUUAAAUCAACAGCUAAAAGAGGAUUGUGUAUUAGAAGUAGCUGAUAAUAGUAAAUUAACUGGAGAGUUCAGAAUGACACUUCCAAUAGUUCAAGGCUAUUUGAUCGAUGAAACAAAGCCAUGGUGUGCUCAGUAUGCAAGAAGUGAACCCAAUUUCUCUGUCCAAGUCCGGAAAAAACAAAUGAUCAGAGCAGGAUAUGAGAUCUCACUUUAUAACAACAAACAAAAACUAAGUGUACUAAAGAACAGAAAAACAAGAUUAAAGAAUAUGCCAAGAAUAAGACAAUUGGAUUUUGAAAAGUAUCAUCAGAGUUUAGGUGUUGUAAGGGAGACAAUCCAAGCUAACUAGUGAAAUUUUCAUCAUGAUUUAAAACAUAUUUUGUUGAGUGAAUCUAGCUAGGAGGAAUAUGAGGAUGUGACUAAAAUUCAAUCAAAGUGAAAAUUCAGUUAUAAAAGUCCGAUUCAAAUAAGAUAUCUUAGUUUUUCUAACUUAAAAUUGUGGUUUACU